AUGAAGGUUCUAGUGUACCUGAUGCUGGCAUGCCAGCUGGCGGCUCUCCCGGUGUUGCCGUCGCAGACGUCUCUAACCGACGCCGUCCCGUCCCAGACGCCAGUUGUUUUGGAGAAGCGGAUCAAGAAGGCGAUUGUGAACAAGGAAUACGCAGAGAGAAUGCAGGGCAAGGGUCUGAGCUCGACCACAACCGAAAAGCCGGAUCCCUGGCUGCGGACAAUAUACGGGAGCAUUCCGGAGAUUGUCACGCCGACUGUGAUUGGCGGAAUCACGUUCAGCGCAAAGCCUCCUGCCACGACAGACGGGCUCGAGCCGUGGGUGUCUCUCAAGAAAGACGGCUCUCCCAAGACGAUACACCCGAAGAUGAAGAACGGAAAAAUCCAGAACGGGCGUCCGAACCUGAAAACGUAUUUCCAGACGGCCACCACGGUGACGUACAACAAGGAGCAGCUCAAGGCACAUAAUAUGGCGGAAGACGAGGUGUUUACCGAGGUGAUCUGGCAGCCAGAAGACGACACGUACGUGUCGCUGAACCCGCUCAUGAGGUGCACGCCUGAUUUUUACUACAAGAAGGGAGUCGCGCGAGAACUGAGCUCGGAGCCGUUCUGCUCGCCGCACGAAAACCAAAAGUUGUUCGUGGGGAAGACGUAUUUCCUCACGUGGUUCACGCGCUACUUCGAGGACGCCACGAACGUGCGGAUCCACUACGCAUUCCUGAAGGAGUCGGCCAAAGAGCAGGGAAUGGUCAAGAGAGACCUGGUCGACCUGGGGCCUCCGGUGAAGCCCAAGUCGAAGUACGUUGAUCACUCGCAGGAACACAAGGAAGGUGCUCUUCCAGGCACUUUCUUCUCGUCCGACUGGUUCCUCAACAGAGACGGUUUCUUCCCGAUUGAGGUUUUGGACGCCUGGCUGGGAAAUAAGCAGAGCAAGGCGGUCCUCAUCGCGGUGCAGCCCGACACCGUGGACGACGAGGAGUUCAGUCUGAUAGACUCUGCUCACGUGGUGGUGCACUUCCAGAAGCGUGCGGUGGUGGCCAAGAACAGCAAGAUCGACAAGGAGCUGCAGGACCGCACGGGCUCCAACGACAACGUGUACUACGUGAUCAUGUCUGUGCCUACGGUGGUGAUCAUCGCUGUGUUUGGAAUGUACAUGUUCCUGUACAUCAACAGAAAGCACAGAGACCUGUCGCACCUGCGCAAGCCGAAACGCAGCCGGUACGGCAACCAGGGAAAAUACAACGAGCUGUACGCAGAGACAGAUAUCCGGAAACCUAGCAAGCAGGUGUAG